UUCUUGCGGGUGUGGUCGAUGGUCGGAGCUGCGCUGCAGUGUUGUAUGUGCGUUGUGGGAGAUACUUGGUAGAAGCUUUUGCUGUGAUCUAUGAUUUGCUCGCUGUGAGAGACCCUUAUUGUAACAACUGGUGUAUCACGGGAUUUUCACACCAAGCUCGUGUCUGAAAUGAGACUGAGCGGUGCCGGUGCUCCUCUUUGACAGACUCCGUGGCUUUGGGAGGUCCCCUCAGUUAAGCACGCUCGGUAUGGGCAGCAGCUAUUUCUGAUUGCUUACUUCAUCGCCUCCUAUGACAGCUGCCAGGGCCUCUGAUCUGGGAGAUCCGAUUUCUCUGGAAGAGCGCAAUGAACUGCCCGACCCAUGACGGGGAAAGCCACCUACAGCGUGCUGUAUUCAUGGAAAGGGGUUCUCUUCACAUGUCUGUCCGGGAGUGACCCGAGGAAGAGAAAAGAAAUGAGCCGUCAGACUGCUGCAGCAAUCCCUACCGGUACAUCCAAGUGUCCACCAUCCCAGCGUGUACCAGCUCUGACUGGUACAACAGCCUCCAACAAUGACUUGGCUAGUCUUUUCGAAUGUCCAGUCUGCUUUGACUAUGUGUUGCCACCAAUCCUUCAAUGUCAAAGUGGCCAUCUUGUAUGCAGUAAUUGCCGACCAAAGCUCACAUGCUGUCCAACAUGCAGAGGCCCUUUGGGAUCCAUCCGUAAUUUGGCAAUGGAAAAAGUUGCCAACUCGGUUUUAUUCCCCUGCAAAUAUGCAUCUUCAGGAUGUGAGGUAACGUUGCCACACACUGAAAAAGCAGACCAUGAGGAGCUCUGUGAGUUUCGGCCUUAUUCUUGUCCCUGUCCUGGUGCUUCCUGUAAAUGGCAAGGUUCUCUGGAUGCAGUGAUGCCCCACCUAAUGCACCAGCACAAAUCAAUAACAACGUUACAAGGAGAGGAUAUUGUUUUUCUUGCCACAGACAUUAAUCUUCCUGGUGCUGUUGACUGGGUAAUGAUGCAAUCUUGUUUUGGUUUUCACUUCAUGUUGGUUUUGGAAAAACAGGAGAAAUAUGAUGGUCAUCAACAAUUCUUUGCAAUUGUGCAGCUAAUAGGAACACGCAAGCAAGCUGAGAACUUUGCUUACCGUCUGGAGUUAAAUGGUCACAGGCGGAGAUUGACUUGGGAAGCAACUCCCCGCUCUAUUCACGAGGGAAUAGCAACUGCCAUCAUGAAUAGUGACUGUCUAGUUUUUGACACCAGCAUUGCACAGCUAUUUGCAGAAAAUGGCAAUUUAGGAAUAAAUGUAACAAUCUCAAUGUGUUGAAGUGGCAAUCGGACACAACCAGGACUGGUUUUCCAAAGUCAUUGCAUUACAUUUCACAUACUGCAAUUACCAUUGACACUUAUUGCCAGCCACAAAUUGUUAAAAUGGUGGUUGGCAAAUGAAAAGUAAUAAAGGAAGCAAUUGCAUGUAGAAACACUAAUAUUUAAAAAGAAUAAACCACUGAAAAAACCUAUAAACACCCAUCUGGGAAACUUUUUUUGUAUUAAACUAAAAAGAAAAGGAGAAAAAAAAAUACCAUGAAAUGUAAAGUAAUCCCAAAUUAAUUUGUGUUUGUAGUUUGUACAGUGAAAAUACUGUUUGUGUUUAUUUCCCUCCCUUUUGACGGACAAGCCAUUUUGCGUGGUUUUAUACCACUGCUUCCUUAUUUGUAAGUCACUAUAUAGAAUUGCUGCUGUUUGUGUAAAAUUUCUGUGUCUUGCUAAUUUUUAUUAACUUCUAUAGUUUUUCAUUCAAUAAAUUUGAUUUUCUUUUCUGUAACUGUAUGUUUGCUAUACCUAUUGUUUAAAUUUUUUUAUUUUUUCUAUGUUUUUAUUUGGAAAGGUUUGUUCCCAGUCUAAUUUGUUAUGAUUUGAGAAAUGUUUAAAAUUGCAGCGGUAAUAUUGGCAAAUUACCUAAAUGCUGUUGACUUGGUAUUUACUAAAUACACCAGCCUUAUAUUGGUAAAAAUGGUUACAAUGAAGUUGGGAUGUUCAAGUAUAAAGGGUGUAUUUAUUUUGUAGUGCAAGAUUACAUUCAGAUAUACAAGUAAAAAUUGUUAACGAGUAGUCUCAAAAUGAGAUGUUCUCAAUUUUUUAGAAUUGUCAUUAAAAUAAUAUUUGGCAAACUA